AUGGACCUUCAUGUUUGCUUUGCUCUGUGGCGCCUUCAAGCUGGGGUGGAGGUUGGAAGCAGAAAGCAGGAGAAGCUAGAACAAGAAAGAGCUGCAGCAGUUAGGCUUUCAGAGCAAAGAACAGCGCAGCUGCAAGAGAUGGUCAUUCAGGCACAACAGCAGUGCCUGGAAUCCAUUCGAGCGUCGGAAGCAGCAGCUGCCAAGGCAAAUGCCAGAGCUGACGCGGCUGAAUCUAGAUUGGAAGAGGUGGAGAGGCAGAUGGCUGAGAUGGCUGAGACUGCGAAGAAUGAGGUGGCACAAUCACCACGGGAGGCAUCUCCUGCCCUGCCCAAAGAGUCACAGCCAUUUGCGCCAACUUUGCCGAAUCUCCAAUUCCAGGAGGAUGACGAACAAAACAUUCCGGAGAAACCGCCCAAAAUCAUCAUUGAACCGCCCAAAAUCACCAUUGAAAUCACUCAGCCGCCUCUGGAGAAAGCGGAGGAGGGCUCUGCUGCGAGAUCUCCAACAGCCCCCAGGUCUCCAGGAACAUCUCCAACAUCUCCAAACCAUGGGGUUCUCACCCCUGGGGUGGUGGAGCGGCACAUACUUUCUGAGCCAGCAAUUGUCUCGCCCGCCAAUUCCACUGGGUCGGCCAGCAAGUUUCCGCAGGUUUCUGCGGAGGAGGAUGGGACCAAGAGGUCGGUGAAAACGCUUUUCGUUCAGUGUUUUAAGGACGACCUGUUUCAAGAACGACAACUUCUCAUGUCUCAGAUCAACAAUUUGUUCAAACUUCGGAACAAUGGGGAGGCACUCCAAUACAAGGAAGCCGGAUAUGAGAAGCUGCACAACUUCCUGGCGGAUGUACCCGGCCUUUCCCUGAUCGGGGCUGGCAACCGGAUGGAGCUCAAACUUGGUGAUCGGGACGCAUUUGAACGCUUUAGCGACGACUUGCUGGAGGGUAGGGAGGAUCUCCCCACCUUCGAUCAACCAAAGCCUGUGCCUGAGAGUUUCCAGAACAAAGUUGUAGAGGUCUUCAGGCGCUGUGGUUCUCGGGAGAUCCCUGCGAAGAACUUCAGGGAUCUUUGGAACUGCUUCUUCCCGCACGAGAAGCUACAAUGCAAAGACUACGGCUAUCGUGAUGUUAAAGGACUGCUUGCGAAUAUCCCUGUGGUGGAAAAAGUUGGUGGCAAGAACUCCACCAAAUAUGUUCUCAAGGUGAAUGAUACAGAAUUUGCCCAGCCCGAGCCAGAAUCCAAAGCGGUCGUGGAAGAUGAUUUCGUGGACGUCGGUACAACACCUAUGGCGCCCAUGACACCUUCCAUGCCGAUGGAGCGUGGAGGUCAGCCCCAACGUUUGGAAUUGCGUAACUUCAUGACCGAACAGAUACAGCCGGCGAUCAUCACUCCCAACCAUCGCCCUGUCAACACUUUGGAUGAUGGUGCCGAGCUGGAGGCCUCCAGGCAGCUCAUGCAACCACGGCAGGUGCAGGCAUCACAGGCACCUGGAAAGUGGGGCAGCUCCAGCUCGGGGAUGAGACCUGAGGCAGCCUGGAAGGACUACAGCUGGGCCCAGGAGAUGGGCCUUUCCGCUUCACAAGCUUCUGGCGGUCAAGCGCCAGACCGUCUUCCUCCCUUCCGAAAUGAUUUGUCAUCGCAGUAUCCGUCACGCAGCAUGAACGUUCCGCCACAGUUCCUGCCGCAGUCUGCACCACAUCUGCAGCUGGGAAACCCGAUUCAGCAGCAGCUCUUGGACCUUCAGAUGGCAGCGGAAGGGGCGGCGAAUCGAUCCCCUGACCCACGGUUCAAUCAACCACAUACAGAGGAGCUUUUGCGCUUGCAGCAGCAGGUUCAGCAAAGACUACUGCAGGAACAACAGAGACAGCAACUUCUGCAACACCAACUGGAAGGCAUCCCUCAGCAGUCAUUUCCUCCGCAGCAGUUUCAACCACCAUUGGUUCAAGACCCGGGCUUGGGGUUGCCACAAUACUGGAACCAACAUGCACCAGGUGACGUGGACGCUGCACAUGCUGGAAGGACGGGUUCAGGGGAUCAGCAGUCCUGUACGGGCGGCGAGGAGAUUGACCAGGCUGGUGCGGCGGAUGAUAGUUUGCACCUGGACCUCUUGCUGCGGGCAUCGGCCUCCAAAGCUCUGGAUGCUCCAGAGACAGCUGCUGCUGCUGCAGCCGCGGUGCAGACUCGUGCAUCCAGGUUGGACAGGCCACGCAAAUCUGCGAGUGCCUUCGUGACUUCUCCAGCCACUCUCCGCCGUGAUGACGAAGAGUUGUGUCAUGCCUCCAAGUUCGAUGUGGGCUCCCUCUACCAAGCGACAUCCUUCCUACCUUCCUUCGAGGGGCACAUUGAGUCCCUGCAGAACGACCGCAACUGCUUGCUGGUGUGCCGUGUAAGAUGUGUUUGGCAGGGCGCUUCAUAUCCAGAAAAGAUUAUGGCUAUGUUCUACAGUCUUUUUGUAUCUUUUUGUGUGCAACGAACAUCCUUUUGA